CGUUCCGUCUACCGUUAGAAACACAUUAGCGAGUUUGACCCAAGCUUCGAAACAUCGGUGUCUAAAGAAAAAACCCGAGUUUUACCCCAAAAUUCUCGCUUCGGGGUGAAAGAUGUGAUGACAUCACUCCAAUGUGUCCCCGCCUGUCGUAAAGGACUUCACCAAAUUUGUUUUAUGAAAUUAUUCUGUUUGGUUAAAAUAUGCACUGUAAGAUGUCGGACAGCAGGACUAUAUUAAAAGUUCUGCUGUUUCUCACAUUGUCUGUUUAUGUUUCACCAGCAGACGCAGACACUCUGCAGUUCUUCUACACUGCUGUCACACCAGGAAUAAAUGUUACUGCUGUUGGUCUGCUGGAUGGAGAACAGUUUGUGUACUACAACAGUAGCAUCAAGAAGAUGAUCUCAAAGACAGAAUGGAUACAGAAGAUCAGUACUUAUGAUAAAGAUUACUGGAACAGAGAAACAGAGCGUGUUAAGGAUUAUCAGGACACUGUGGAUACAGUAAUGAAAAGUUUGAAUCAAGCUGAAGGAGAUCAUACACUCCAGUGGAUGCUUGGCUGUGGGCUUGAUAACGGCAUCGUUAGAGGAUAUAGUCAGUACCGUUAUGAUGGAGAUGAUUUCAUCAGUCUGGAUCUUAACUGGAACCCGGAAUUUGGACGUGGAACCUGGACUGCAGCUAAUGAGAAAGCUGAGAUCUUUAUAAACAAGUGGGACCCUAAAGGAGACCAGGCUAGAAAGUGGAUGGACUACCUGAAAUACGACUGUAUUGAUCAGUUACAGAAGUUUGUGAAUCACAGCAGAGAGACUCUAGAGAGGAAAGUUCAUUCUGAGGUUUCAGUGAUCCAGAAACACUCGCCUUCUCCAGAGCUGGUGUGUAACGUUACAGGUUUCUUCCCCAAAGCAGUGAAUAUCACAUGGAGGAAGGACGGAGAGGACGUGCAUGAGGAUGUGAAACUCAGAAUGUUGUUAAUAAACCAGGAUGGAAGCUUCCAGAAGAGAAGCAUUCUGAAAGUCCCAGCUGAGGAGCUGCAGAAACACAACUACACCUGUGUGAUUCAGCACAGCAGCUUGGAGAAGGAGUUAGUGCUGAAUGUGAACAAGCAAUCAAAUACAAAAGAUGGAGGAUCAGAUGGAGGGAAUAUUGGUAUCAUUUUUGCUGCAGUCAUCACGCUCUUUGUUCUUGUUGCUUUUGUUGGAGUGUUCACCUGGAAGAAGAGAAAAAGUUCUGGUGCAGAAAAACCCCAUGAUGUUCAACAGAACGGAACUGAGAUACAUCCCCUAAAGUAAACCAGGAAGUGAGCCUCCACACUGAAGAGCAAUUUCCUGUCCAGGUUUUCCUCUACUGAAGCUUCCAUUCAGGGUGUGAAGAGUGAAUACAACAUGGACAUAAUGACAUAAUGAGACAUAAUGACAGUGUGAGAAAAAGCAAGUUCUGUACAGUGCUGUUUUUGUCCUCCUUAAACCGUAGACUUUAUCCAAACAGAAAUAAACAAUUUCAUGUAUAAAAAUUGGUUAAAUACUUUGACAGUGACACACUGGAGUAAAUCAUUACAUCGUUUAACGUGGAGCAAAUCUGCAGGAGCAGCGAAACUUUAGAUUAAAAAAUAAAAGCUUUCACUUUUGACAGGUUUCUGCAGCGAGUUUCUAACAUAAAAACCAGAGUCUCAUUGUCAUACUUGAGAUUUUUAUAGAACUCAAGCAGGACCCGUGUUAAUAUAGGAUCAGCUUUUUUAUGUUUAUGUACAAAAUAGAUAAAAGUUUAUGUACAAAAUAAAUAAAAUUCAUUAUAUCAUAAAACAAAA